AGAUAUGGCUAAGAAUUCAAGCAGCAACAAUGUUGAUGAAGGCAAGAGAUUCCUUUUUGACCUCAACGUAGCACCUGCUGAUGAAGGUUUUGACCUGAACGUGGAACCUGCUCAUCAAGAGAAUCACAAUGCUCCAAAUCCUGUUAACGAAGCUAAUCCUGUUGAACAAGGAAAUCCUGUUGGUGAAGAGAAUGGUGGUUCUCUGAAUAACUCGAAUUCUCCCAGUGAUCCGGAUUCGUGUUCGAUAUGUCAGGAGGCUCUGGUCAACAAUAAUGGUGGUAAUCAGCGAACACUUGUUACGCUUAAGUGUGCUCACAGAUUUCACUUGGAUUGUCUUGGCUCAGCCUAUAAUGCAAAGGGCUUAAUGAAAUGCCCAAACUGUAGGAAUGUCGAACCAGGUCAAUGGCGGUUUGGAAACGCCGAAUUCCUUCCAGAGAUUAUGGAUGCUGCAGAAGCAGAAGAAGAAGAAGAAGAAGAAGCUGACAAUGAUUCUGGAUUCUUCUCUGAUCUGAUCGUGAGAUCAGAGUUGUGCCCUUUUGGAAACUCAGGUCAUCGCUAUCCCUAUGAACAUCCUCUCUCUCUCUCUCUCUCUCAAACAUGUAGGGGUCUACAAUGUAUUUAUGUAGAGUGUUCUUUCUUCAUUGCUGAACACUUUUGUGUUCCUCGUCCUCAAAACUUUGAGGCUUCAGAUCCAAGUGAGCAAGGGAACAUCGACACUGAAGAAGUCCCUAAUCGCAAUGUUUCACCUGUGAUUCCACCAAGAUUCUCUAAUCGCGACUCUGGCUCAUAUCCGUUGUUUCCGCAUAUUCCUGUACCAUCUGAUAGAAGGAUCUUUUGGAGGGUCUCACGUCCUGGGGUGAUGAUAGCGAGGCAUUAUAUUUGCCAUCCAUAUCUCAAUCACAGUGCCACUGGAAGAACCGACAUCUCAAUGGUUAAUACACCAAUGGUUCGGGAUUAUCCAAGCAGCAGCACAACACCGAUCUCACGUGGUCAUGACAUAACAACCAUGACUAGAGGAAUCUCAGAUUCUUGGUUACCUUCACAUGGUUCGAACCAAGUCAAUAGCAUUGGCUCCUCUAACGUAUGGGUGACUGAUAAGCCUUUCUUGGACCCGGUGCAACACAUGAUGAUGGAAAGCGAGUUCUACACCAUGGUUUAUGGUGACAGUUCUGCCGGCAUAGAAGACACCAGUGGCAACGGAAACGACAUGGAGGUGGAAGCGGCAGCCAUGGAGGCGGAGGAACCAAUGGAAACGGAGGAAUCGGCAACUUUGGUGGAUAUGGCAACGGGAAACGGCAAUGGGAUAAGUGGCUAAAGCUGAACUGUGGUGGCAGCUUAUGUGGCUGUAAUAAGCUGUACUAAGCAUCUUUAUCUUGUUCUA